AAGCCCAUUUGACGAAAUAAUUAGGGUUUAUCUCACUCCAUUUCUUCUUCUUCAUCACCUCACUGCCUCCCUUAGUCCCUUCCCUCAUAUUCAUACUCGAACCUCUCAGAAACCCUAGUCUCUAGUUCCUCCAAUUCUGCAAAAAUGGGUAUUUCUCGUGAUUCCAUGCACAAGAGGCGUGCCACUGGUGGCAAGAAGAAGGCCUGGAGGAAGAAGCGAAAGUACGAGCUUGGGAGACAGCCAGCUAAUACCAAGCUUUCUAGCAACAAGACAGUUAGGAGGGUUAGGGUUCGUGGUGGUAAUGUCAAGUGGCGUGCAUUGAGGUUGGAUACUGGUAACUUUUCAUGGGGUAGUGAAGCUGUGACUCGCAAGACUCGUCUUCUGGAUGUCGUUUACAAUGCAUCCAACAAUGAGUUGGUUAGGACCCAGACUUUGGUCAAGAGUGCCAUUGUCCAGGUUGAUGCUGCACCUUUUAAGCAGUGGUAUCUCCAGCAUUACGGAGUUGAGAUUGGACGCAAGAAGAAGAAUGUUGCUGCAAAGAAAGAAAGCGAGGAGGCUGAGACCACCGAAGAAGCCAAAAAGAGUAACCAUGUUGCGAGGAAGCUGGAAAAGCGUCAGCAGACCCGCACUUUGGACUCUCACAUUGAAGAACAAUUCGGCGGUGGUCGUUUGUUGGCCUGCAUUUCUUCCCGUCCUGGUCAAUGUGGCCGUGCUGAUGGAUAUAUACUUGAGGGCAAAGAACUGGAAUUCUACAUGAAGAAAAUCCAGAAGAAGAAGGGCAAAUCUGCUGCUUAAUUUUUUGCUGUAGAAUCAUAGUCAGAUAUGUUAUAUCUUUUUUUGGUUGAUGGUAGUUGUGUUGAGUUCAACUCUGUUAAUUCGUCCAAAACUUUUUGUAAUGUGUAGUGUGCUGAUUUUAUAUUUAUGUUACCUCUAGUUAAACUUUGGCUUCCAUUUUCAUUCCUAAGCUCGAGCAAGUAUAACAGGGUAUACACGAAUUACUUUAUCA